AUGUUGACUAAAAUUAAAAAUUGGUUCCAAGGAAGCCCAAAAAGCGAUAAUAUGGUAAAUUCUGACAUUAUACCGAUCGAAGACUUUAAAGUUGAUGAAGAAAACAUUUCAGUUGAUUGUAUUUCUAAGAAUUUGGAAAAUGAUGGUACUCACGAAGAUACAACAGAAAUACCUAAAACCAAGAGAUAUCUAAACAUCAGCACACAAACUAUGAAGAUGUUAAUAGAACAUAAAUAUACAUCAAUAGCUAUAUGGGUUUUAUAUGGAAUGUUGUUAGUCCAAUUUAUCAUAUGGCUAGUUUAUUGGUUGCGUAUAGAACCAGACUCUAUCAAAAGAAAAAUUGAUAAAAAUGAUAUGGCAUUUAUUUUAUCAGAUAUUCCUGAUAGUAAAGUCAACUAUCAUUUAUAUAUAGAUGAGUAUCGCAAUAGAAUGACAAGUCAAUCCACUUGA